AUGACUAGCAAAGAAUCCAAGACUUUACCGAAAGAGUCCAACGAAUGGACUGCCAUCGCCAUCCACGGUAUGCCCGGGAAUUAUGAACACUUCAGCGGUUUGUUUGAGACUUUUGGUGGCAAAGAGUCUUCAGUUCGUGUGAUUUCGCCAAAUAUGCCUGAGUUUAGUCUCACCCGACAGUCAAUGGCUUUCUGGCACUCAAACAAUGAAAGAUCACAAUUCAUACGAGAUUUUUUGAAAGCCAUUAAUGUUUCACAAAUUGAUUGCCUUAUCAGUCAUUCCGCUGGUAUUCAUCCAAUCGCUAAGAUUUGGUCCAAACCCGAAGAUCUGAAGAUCGGAUCAAUUGGUCUGUUUUGUCCGCAGCCUCUAUGGGUCACAAAAUUAUUCUUCCGUUUGAGUCGAAACUUAGCUUAUUUUGCGGAAAACAAGAUCGGAAUUAAACUGAUGGACGUCUUGAGACCCGAUCUAAUCGCCCAUCGAUUUGGUUAUCCAAUGAGAUUUGAAUCGGUGGAUGAGGUCCUGAUGUUAUGGCUUUUCUCACGUUUAGAUCCAAAUAAUCUUCAUAAGAGAUUAGAGUAUUUAAAGAAUCACAAGAUUCCGACUCUUGUGGUGUACGGAGAGAGGGAUAAACUGAUUCAAAAAAGCGCUAAUGAAAGAGAUUUUGUCCGCUUUACCGAUGAGAAUACACCACAAAGUAGACCACAAAAUGAUGACAAGAUUUUGUCAAAAAUCUGUUAUCCUAGGGAAUUUGGAUUAUUAGGAAACUAA